AUGAAACGGGAUAGGAAAAAAAUAAAUAAAAAUAAGUCUGAGGAUGAGAAUGAGGCUGAUUUUAUAGAAUCUGAGUCUGAAUCUGAAUUACAUUCUGAAGAUUCCGAAGUAGAAUUUGUUGAUGAAGAAUCAGAUUCAGAACAAUCACAAUAUGACUCAGAAGAUGAUGAAACUAACAAUGUUGAUGCUGAGUCGGAAGAUUCUGAACCGGAUUUUGACGAGGAUACCAACUUACCAGUUUUAACCAGCAAAUUAUCACAGAAACUUCUAGAUAAGGCUUCUAGCCAUAGUUAUAAUUCAAUAAAAAAACUUUUAUCUGUAUUUUCAUCAGUUGUUGGAUCAGUGGGAUCAAACAAAAUUAACCUAGCUUCUGACACCAAAAACCAUAAACUAGAUGUAGAUAAGUCUAAGAUGAAGUUUAAAUACUUAAAGAAUGAGAAUAAAAGAAUACUCAAGGGCACUGCAAAUCGUUUUUCAGAACCUUCUAAGGUUUCUAAAAAAGAUUACGUGGUUAAAGAUUGGGAUGUGUACAAGAUUUUUGUGUCCUCAACGUGUGAUGUAAUGACCGAAUAUUUAAAGGAUAGAGAAGUAACCGGUAAGAAGGAAGAAGUGACGUCUUCAGCACCUCUAGUAAGGAAGUUUUUAUCAACUUCUUUGGUGCAAUUGGCUUUUAUAUUAGACGACUUUGAGCUUACAAGAUCGUGCCUAGUAUCACUGAGUUCAACGCACGUCGUGAAGUGGAUUUGUGUUUUUAAGAAUUUAAAUAACCAAUUUGUAAAAAUAGUGUCAUCAUUAAUGUGUGCUCAUCCUCAGAAACAUACGAGAAUCGACUGCUUCUGCUUUCUCUCAGAAUACCUAAACUGCGUAAAGGACCACAAGUUAAUGCGAGUCCAACUAUCAUUUAAAUCCUAUCUUGUAAAUUACGCUAAGUUAUCAGAAUCUGAAUCAAAAUCCGCCUCAAACACCAUUGUUGACCUACUUUUAAAAAGAUGCUACUCUAGCCAUGUCAAGUCAGUAAUGAAUGGAAUAACACUGAAAAAUUACGGACUAUUCAAAGUCAGCAAGAACUGCAUCAGUGAACUGUACUUGAAUGCUCCAUUCGAUAAUUUAUAUAUGUUUUCAUUCAAGACAAUUACUAACUUGGCGUAUAACGUACGUAGGGAGUGGAACAAUACAGGAAAGGAAAAGAAGCCAAAAAAGAAAGAAACAAAUUCAAAGGAAGAUAAAACCAAGAAACCCUUAAAUGUUAAUACCACUAUAUUAUCAGUUUGUUCUUGGGGGUUCAUUGAGUCUGUAAAUAUUUGGAUAAAUGUGCUAUCCAGGUCAGAUAAUAAGAUGAAAACUCUGAUUUAUCCUCUGGUGACUGUUAUUAACUCUGCCAUAAAGAUAAAAAUAUCAAAUAAAAGACAAAUACCAUUCGUUUUACACCUCCUAAUUUCUCUGAACAAGUUACUGGAUGGAACCCACAAGUUCAUUCCAAUCAUGUCACUAUUAUAUCACGUUCUGGACAAUAUCAAAAACAUCAAACAAACUGUACCUUCAGAAUAUUUUAAAAAUACACUAGUUACUUCUAACAUUAACAACCCUAAUAAAUUAGUUAAACCAUUUAAACUAUUAAAAUCGAAGGGUAGCUUGGAGAAAUCUGAGGAUAUUAUGGUUAAGCUCAGGCUGAGCGGGAAGAGCGUGAAUUCACCACAGAUUUACAAGGUGUUGUACAAGUACGUCGAGUUAAUUCUAAUAGAUCACUUGGGGAUUUUAUCGCUGAACCCUAGCUUCCCAGAAUACACAAACUGUAUAUGCUAUCACCUGAAAAGAUACAUCAAGUCACCUGAGGUUCUGAACGACUUUAGAAACACAGUUAACUCACUGCUUAAAGUUUUGAACGAGACUAAUGUAGUAGUCACAAAGCUUCGCGAGGGGAUGGACGAUGCUGCACUUGAGGGGUUCAACGUCUUCGAACCCGAAAAGAUACCAAUGUACAAAUACCGGCAGGACUUUUUAGUAAAAUUCCAGCAAGUAAACAAGGAUAAGUUCGUUUCAUCGCUUCAAAUUAAUGAUCUGUAA